UAACAAAUAUCGGUUAGUCCACAUUAGGCCGUCAACAGUCGAUGUAGUUCUUUUUUUUCGAAGAGUCAUUUAUUCUAGGAAUUAAAGUUUAUUGUACUCAGGAAGAUAUACACCUAACAAAGAAAAUGUCUUGGAUCACGUGCUGGAUUAUACUGACUCUAACGGCAGCUACCCGGUCCGCCUUAUUUAAAGUGACGUCGCAGGUCUUCAUGGACAUUUCGAUUGACGGUAAGGUGCACGGCCGUAUGGUGAUUGGGCUCUUCGGCGAAGAGGCACCGAAAACAGUGGAGAAUUUUCGAGAAAUUUGUAUCAACGGUAUCGAAGGGAUUUCUUACAAAGGGAGCCGAAUUCAUCGUGUCAUUCCGAAGUUUAUGAUUCAAGGUGGAGACAUCGUAUCGGGUGAUGGACACGGCUCAAUCAGUAUUUACGGCUCUUACUUCGACGACGAAAAUCUCAACAUUAAUCAUACCAGCUCGGGAUUUGUUGCAAUGGCCAACCGCGGUCCGAAUACCAACGGUUGCCAAUUCUACAUCACAACCAUGCCAGCGCCGUGGCUCAAUGGAAAACAUACCAUUUUUGGGAAGGUUCUCGAUGGGCAAGGCGUUGUACAUAAGGUCGAACAACAGAGGACGGAUACAGAUGACUAUCCAAUACCAACGAUCAUCAUUGAAAACUGCGGCGAUGAGCCGAUUGCUGAAACAUUCAUCAUCUCUGAUGACCCAUACGAUUUGUGGGCCUGGAUUAAGGCAGGUUACUUUCCACUGGGGAUGAGUUUCUCCAUAUUGGCAUUUUUCCAAUACGUGAUUAGAAAGCUUGAUGUGUAUACUUAGAAUACAAAUGCUGAUUACUAUGCA